AUGGAUUUCAAGACUCGCUUCUAAGGAAGAACUUCAACAAUGAAUAAAAAUGGUGUUCUGGGUAUUCUAUAGAAUACAUCUCAACCUAUCAAAAAACAAUUCGACUCUUAAAAUAUAUAAACAAAUACUAAUACCAAUCUUAUUGCACAAUCAUACUAUUUUCAGAAAUUUCAAAAAAAUGCUGAGACUAUUCUAUAAUAAUAAACAGAUUAUGAUAUGACUCCAUCAACACUUUCAGGAUAUCCAUCUCAUAGAUUUUUACAAGAUCUACAAAAAAUCAAUUUAGAUUAAUAUUAAAUUGUAGCAAUACCUAAAAGAACUUAUGAUGAUCCUAAAUAUAUGCUUACACAACCUGUUGCACCAAAUUUAAAUAAUAUGAUGAAUAAUCAUACAUUUUAAAAUGAUUAGAUAUCCUCACUGGUCAAAAAAACCAUCCCAUAAGAGAAUUAUCUUCCUAAAAAAAAGAACUUGAAUCUAAAUUAGAUUACAAAUCCAUUUAUUUAAGCUGGAUAUGGAGCUCUAAAAUAAAAAAAAAUUAAAUUUUUGACGGAUAGAUAGAUGAAUACAUAACUAAAAUGA